AUGGAUUCUUCACCCUCCUAUCUAACUGAUGUUGGCGCAACCUUAACAGCAACAGCUGUCUCUGUAACAAACAUAGCUGGUGAACGUAAUGAAGCUCUGUCAUUUACAGGCACUAUAAAUUCUUAUUUUCAAAUUAGUGGCCUUACAACACUUGGCAGUUCAACUACUCCAUUUUCAAUUGCCCUGUAUAUUAGUCCAAAUGUUCUGUCUGGUACAAUUGUACAUAUAUCAAUGUACAAGAAUGGUACCGCUGGUUGGUGCCUCCCGUUCAUUGGUUUUGCUAGUACGACCCACUUAGCCAUUCAAAUAUGGGGUGGUACUAUAGCUAAGUAUGUACUCGGCCCAAUAUUACCAAUAAAUUCUUGGACACAUAUUGUACAAACAUGGAGUUCUACUAGCGGUUUGAGUUUAUAUAUUAAUGGUGAAUUGUAUGCACACGAUUCUACAAGUACAUCGUAUGGUGCCAGUGGUGUGGCAAACUAUCUUACAUUGGCAAGUACUCUACAAGCAAUUCCAUAUCCAGCUGGCGGAUGUUCAACAACGGGUGUAUUGGGAGGAUUAGGAUACUAUAAUGGAUUAGUAGAUGAACUAAGAGUGUACAGUAGAGAAUUAAGUGGUUUAGAAGCUUGUGCAUUGACAAAGUACUGAUUUUUUAUAGAUUAUUUGUAACACUAAAGAUUUAAAUCAAGACAAGUAACGCUCGACCCCCGAUUGAUUGUGACUGGUGUACUUCCAAAAAACAUCAUGAAGACGCACUCUUUUGAUCCUUUACACCAUAGUUUGUUGAAUGGUUUCUCUAUUUUCAGAAUUGUGUCCGAUGGCUUGACGAAUCGAAGUAAACAUUUUUUGACAUCAUGCACAAACACAUCCAUGAAUAGUGUUAUAUCCGCAGCGGCUCGUCAGUUGGGUGUGAGUGGGUGUAGGUGUGGAUGUGAGGUUGGGU